AUGGUUAACUACUUUGUGAAUCGAAAGAGACCUAUCGUCAUAUCAAUAAUAAUCAUAACACUUAUAUUGUUGGUGGCCAAGAUAACAACUUCAAAACAUAGUGGGAAGAAUCUACAAGAGGUUUUACAAAAUAUCCCUAAUGAUAAUAUAUUAGGAUUAUCGAAAUUGGUUUAUAGUGAAAAUGAAAAACAAGAUGAAUUUCUCAAUAAAUUAGAAAAGGUCAAUAGAAAGAUAUUUCAAAACCAAGAACAACUAUUGACUAAAUUAACUAAGCAAAAUGAAAUUCUCUUACAAGAAAUCAAAUUAUUGAAAAAACCACCCACCAAUGCUUCAAUUAGAGAAAAAUUAGUCUACAUUUACCCAUAUGAUCCAACGGUUAAAUUCCCCGCUUACAUUUGGCAACUGUGGAAACAUGGUUUGAAUGAUGAAAGAUUCGAAGAAAUCUACUUGGAAGGUCAAAAACAAUGGGCUUGGAAAAAUCCUGGUUUCGUUCAUGAAUUAUUUAAUGAUGAUACCGCUCAUACUAUGAUUAAAUAUCUUUAUCGUGAAGUACCGGAAAUUAUUUCCACUUAUGAAGCGCUUCCUGAAGUUAUCCUUAAAAUGGACUUCUUCCGUUACUUAAUCUUAUUUGCUAGAGGUGGUGUUUAUGCUGAUAUUGAUACUCAUCCAAUCCAACCGGUUCCAAAUUGGAUUCCAGAAAAUGUUAGUCCUGAAGAAAUUGGUAUGAUAAUAAGUAUUGAAACCGAUUCAAGUUCAGCUAAUUGGAGAACUGAAUCAGUUAGAAGAUUACAAUUUGGUCAAUUCGUUAUACAAGCAAAACCAGGUCAUCCAAUACUCAGAGAAAUAAUUGCAACUAUCAUUGAACAUACAAAGCAUAAACAAAGACUCUUGAAUGAAGAUGAAAAAUUGAAGUUGGUUGGAUCUUCUAAUCAAAAAAUCUUGGAAAUCUCAGCUUGGACAGGUAGUGCCAGUUGGACUGAUGUUAUCCUCAAAUACUUUAAUGAUUACUUACAAUCAGCCAUUUACCAAAAGAUCACUUGGAAGGAUUUCCAUCAUCUUAAAAUACCGAAGUUGGUCAGUGAUAUUUUGGUAUUACCAGUAAAUUCAUUUGCAUCUGAAGCUGAAAUCUCGAAGGACGGUAAAAAUGAUGAUCCUCUUGCCUUCGUCAAGCAUUAUGCUGCAAAGAUUUGGAAGACAACUUAA